AGAAAAAAAAACGUUCAAGUUUAUUAUUUAAUCCCACGUGACCGGAAAAUGUAGUGCUAACUGAAUAAUGGCGGGCACUCAAGAGUUAGUAGGUGCUGCGCUGGAAAUACCUGUACCACAGACGAAGCGUAAAAGAAGACAUAGUGAAGCAGGAAUAGAUACGGGGGAUGAAGACGAUGAUGUCGAGUCUAAAUAUAAAAGACAUCACGUUGAAAUAGAUAAAAUACAAACAAGUGACAGUCCUCAACUUUCUCCGCUAAAGAAAAUCGUAUCAGAUAAUACAGUUGCAACUUCUCCACAGGCAGAUUCAGGUUAUGAAAUAUCUGCCGUAAACACUCCAUCAUCUAGCAAACCCUGGAAAUACGUACAGCCGGGAUCCAGUGGAUAUAUAUCAGGGUCUGAUUGUGGAACACCUGCUGGAAGUCAGCGAACACCCGGACCAUUUUCUCCUGAUUUUGUAACGAGAGGAAAGAAAACAAUAGCUCCGGUCAGGCCACGUCAUCUCGAAUAUUUUCUGCAAAGACAAUUUGUUGUGUUGAAAAGUGAGGUGGAUCCGUCUGGAGUAGCAGACAGUCUAUUCACUGAUGGAAUAUUAUCAGAAAAUGAUGUCGAAAAGAUAAGAGAAGAAAAGUUCAGAUUUGAUAAGUGUGAUAUUCUUAUCAAGUCUAUCGUUCGGUCGAAACUCAAGAACGAUAUUCACACACCGCGAAAGGUCAUUACAGCAUUUGAGAAGGAAGGAUAUGGUCAUCUUUUUCAAGACUUUGAGAAAGGAAAAGAAAAGAGAAAAACACCACCAGUAGAAGAAGUCCUAUCCAAAGAAGACAUUAAAGGAAGAUUCUUCUGUAACAGCGCUUACAUAGAGGACGAAAUUGAUCCUUUAUUAAUCCUUGAUGAUCUCGUAGCUGAAGAAGUUCUGACAUUUGAUGAGCACCAGGACAUAAAAAACACAGACUUUAAACCAAAGAAAGUAGAGAACUUAAUCAAGUAUAUUCUAAGAAAGUCUGUGUCGGAUUUCUGGUUGUUUUGUAAGGCUCUUGAGGUGCAUUAUCCGUCAUUGGCAGAAUUAUUGAGACGUGGUGCAUCAGGACCUUCUCUUACAGAAUACAGAACUACUCCUUUGAUAGAUGUAACCUGUGUAAAGAAACCAACUGAAACAAGCUACAGUAAUUGUCCUGUAAAUGAAGUAGGAUCAAGAGAAGAAACAGAAGUAAAGAUUAUAUUCAGUGGUGACGGAAGAGAAGAAGAACAGAUGAUUGUCGAUGACAAUUUCCCAGAUGUAGAUUUUGGAUUUCAGGAAGAAGCAAUGGAAAUAGGAUUUGAUAUAUCAAGAAUACAAUUUUCUUGUAUCCGUAUAAGUCUCACAAAUAUGUCCAAACAGUCACAAAUGAUGCUUCUAAAGAAAUGCAGAGAGUCGCCAAAGUUUCUUGAAAAAUGGAUUCAGAGCAUGAUAUCAGAGAAGCACAUACAACGUUUACAAGAAAAGAAUAUUGACAAGAUAUCUUUUCAAGUGAAACUUUGCCUUCCAGAUUUAGAUAAAAGAACAUGCUCUUGCAAACUGACAAAAGAAGCGAUUGUAGAACAUUACACUUCCCUAGAAAAGAAUCUUAAAUGCGUAAAAGAAAUUAUUCAAACAUUUGGGAAAUUCGAAGGAUUUGACGAAGAAACCAGAGCUGUGUUUCAAAAUUUGCUUGCGAAGGAUAAAACAGGCCCUAUAAUAGAGAGGUUUCUACAAAAGAUGCUAGAUUUACAUGAUUCAAGAAUUCACCUAUGCCUUCUAGAGAAAGAAAUGCGGACAACCAAUCCUACCCUGUUGGAAGAAGUAAUUAAAUCCAAGCCUAAAAAUACAACAACCAAACUGUCUGUAUCCGACUUGAGACGAAACAUGAAUUUUCUUGUUGACGAACUGGAGCCCCGGCAUUUUAGGGAACUGCUAAUUGGAAUAGAUGGCAGUGAGGUCGUCGUAGAAAAAGUGAUGUCAACAGAGCCAAGGAAAGAAAGAUGCCGAGAACUUUUGAAUUUUAUAAUUCAAAAGAAAAAUAUCGACCGAUUUGUUCAAGAAUUAGAGCGUCGUAACAAAACCCAUAUUGUUGAAUUUCUGAUGGCUUCUAAGCAAGAUUCCGAAGUUGGCUGUCGGGAUGACUUGAAAGAGGCGAUAGUCAUAAACUACAAACGUAUCAUAGAUGAGAUUGAGCCUCGCGCUUUCCGUCAGAUGUUUGUAGAGAGACGGGAGAUCAAAGCCAAAGACUAUGAUGCAAUAAUGAAACUUCAAUCAAGGAGACACAGAGCAGUCUGUUUAAUGGGAAACAUAUUAAAGAGAAAUGGGUCAACAUGGAAAUGCUUUGUGGAUAGCCUCGAGGUCAUGGGAUAUAAGCACCUUGUGAAGUUAAUUAACAGCACUGCAGGUUCAUAUGUGGAAUGUCCGAGACUCUAUCAAUCGCUUAUUGGCAGACAUAGAUUUGUCACUUUGGAAGGUGAAUUCCAACUAAAGUUUACGAAAGGAGAAAUCAAGGAAUCUACGCUUCAGGUCUUUUUGUUAAAAUCGAUUUAUGCAAGCGACAGUAAAGAAAAAGAAAAUAACCCCAAAACUGACGAAGAAAUCAAUAAUGAACUUCCAAGUUCAUCAUGUGAUGAAGUUAUUGUUAAGCGCAAUCUGACACGGGCAUGGGUCCAAGAACAGCAAAUGGAUCUUAAAAGGAAGCACAAUGAUUUGGACGCAGCAGAACGAUCAGAUAUAGAACAACCAACCGAGAGUAAGCAGCCUCGUCCCGAAGUUGCUUAUGCCAUCCAGGACUUUGCAGAGCUUUCCCAAGCGUCUUCCCCAAUGUUAGGAGUGCCACGUCACGGUGACUACUGCAGUUCCCCGCCGCUCACUCGUUCAUCUUCAAGGGAAAGUGAUGAGCGACCUCAGUAUGAAGAUAUUUCACCACCUGCCUCACCAAGUCACGAAGAUAAGCCGCAUAUAAUCAUUGAGGCACCGUGUUUUCAAUCAAACAUGUUUCAUUUAAAACGCCGCAAUUCGCUUUCAGAUGGAUCAUCUUGUACAUCGUCUCCGUCAACAUCUCCUAGCUGCUUCAGAGGUGCAUGUUUGAUAAAAUCGUCAGAACAAAACUUUAGCUCACGUCCUUAUAGAUCUUUGUCCGCUAUUCGAGACAGUGUAAACGGACGAGUCAAUGCUUUAUUUUCUUCCAUUAUCAAAAAGGGGAAAUGAAUCUAAAUACAUCAAAGACUCUCCCUGUCUUGUUUUGAUUUUAUUAAUUCAUAUUUAUAUAUAUUUAUCUGAAAGAAAGUAAAUUGUACAUACCUAUUUAUUUAAUCAAAUCAGUGUUCAGUGUAUCAAAUUAUUUUUCUUCAAUCAGAUUUAUUAUAAGAACAUUGUGCAAAUAAAUUACAAUAUGAAAUACACAUUGACAUUAAUCAAACAUUUAGAAUAUCGUGAAUUUUGCUACAGUAAUUUCUCAAUGACAUAAUUACAGAUGAAGAAAAAAACGUAGUGGAAUUGCCCAUCUGCUUAUAAUAAAUACCGUCAUCGACACUUCCAUUUUCAUUUCAUAAAAUGUUUUUAGAUGCCUUUUAUUAGGUCGACUUUUUUUCUUCUGUAAUAUGUAUUUAUAAAAUAUAUUUGCAGAUAUAUACAAAUAUAUAUGUGUGUCCUCGCCACCCGGCGGUGGCUCUUGUUAAAUCUCAUACAAAGACAAUUACAUUAGGAUUUGUUAUACACAUGUAUACAUGUAUGUUGAAAACAAUUGACUCAAAUUUAGUUUUCAUAUCUAAUCACAAACACUUGUACAUUGUAUCUCUUUUGAAAUUGACUGCUCUGUAAACUUGUCUAUUUAUUUGAUCAAUAAUUGGGUCAUAGAAUCUUAAAUGCUUCAAAAAUGUUUUGUUUGUAGAUGUUUGUAUAUGUUAUGAUAUAUUUAAGUUGUCCUUAGCGACAAGCUGCUGUAUGAUGUCUGUACACAUGCUCGUAUAUUUAAUAAAAUACUACAUCUUUUUUCAAAUUUCUAAGAUAACUUUUUAUAUCAAAACUAUUUGUAAGAAAUUAAAGUGUAUUAUUACAAUACAUGAAAUGCAGAAAUAAAA